AUGGCUUUCGUCCACCCGAUCCCUAAAAAAGGCGAUCGCUCCAACUACCGGCCUAUCGCCAUCACCUCUUUGUUCUCCAAAACAAUGGAGUUCAUUGUAAGCUGCCAGCUCAUGAGGUUCCUUGAGGAUCACCAGCUGAUUAGUGAUCGCCAAUACGGUUUUGGUCGUGGUCAAUCAGCUGGUGAUCUUCUGGUCUACCUAACUCAUAGAUGGGCGCAGGCAGUAGAGUCCAAGGGGGAGGCAUUGGCCGUUAGUUUGGACAUAGCGAAGGCCUUCGAUCGGGUUUGGCAUAAAGCGCUUCUUUCGAAGCUCCCUUCCUAUGGGCUUCCCGAGAAAUUGUGCGAUUGGAUCACCAGCUUUCUUGCAGAUCGGAGCAUCAAGGUCGUUGUAGACGGUGUAAGCUCCGAUUGCAAGCCUAUUAAUGCUGGUGACAGCACUGGUGAUGCUCUUUACACCGGCCAUGCCAAUAUUUCUCGGGGAAACUUCUCCAAGUACUCGGAUUGGGGGCGACUAAAUCUAGUCCAGUUUAACCCCCAGAAGACACAAGUUUGCGCGUUAACCGCUAAAAAGAACCCCUUUGUCGUAUCUCCUCAGUUUCAAGGCACUCCCCUUGUUGACUUAGCCAGUAUCGGAAUCCUCGGCGUCGACAUAUCGAGUGACGUGCAGUUUCGUGGUCACUUGGAAGAGAAGGCCAAAUUGGCCUCUAAAAAUCUUGGUGUGCUAAGCAGAGCGGGACAGUAUUUCAUGCCGGCACACCGCUUGCAACUUUACAAGGCGCAGGUUCGGCCGCACAUGGAAUACUGUUCCCAUUUCUGGGCUGGGGCUCCCCAGUACCAGCUCCAUCCACUUGACCGCAUUCAGUGCAGAGCGGCUCGAAUCGUCGACGACCGAGUGCUUUCUGAUCGGCUCGAUUCACUGGCACUGCGAAGAGAUGUUGCAUCUCUUUGUAUUUUCUUUCACAUAUACCAUGGGUAG